AUGCCACCCAAGUUGUCCAAGGCCGACAAACUGGCAUUGAUUGUGACUCACCUGCAGACCACGGGAACCUGUUACACACUCAAAGAACUCGAGAAGAGCUUACCUGCCGUGGCAUCUAUCAACAGUAUCCAAGUGAAAGAAUAUAUCCAGGCCUUGCUUGACGAGGAUCAAAUCCGAGUUGACAAGAUCGGCAGCGGCAACUGGUACUGGAGCUUCGGAAGUGACGAAAAGGUCGAGCGGGAGCGGCAGUUGGCCCGGGUGUAUACGGAAGUGGAGAAAGUGAAGAAAUCUUGUGCCCAGUGGGAAAAGGCACUAGCUGAAACUGCGCAACGACACGAAUCUGACUCUGAGGGUGAGAAUGAAGUCGGGAUCGACACGCGCCAGAGUUUACUGGUCACGAAAGCCGAGCUCGCAGCAGAAGUACAUCGGCUUCGGGUCGCAGAGAUGGGGUUGGGCGACUCGGUGUGUAAGAAAGGGGUGCUGAUGCUGCAGGGGGAGUUAGCGGGGUUCAGGCAGCAAGCGUUGCAGUGGACGGAUAAUUUGUGUAUUCUGGAACAGUAUCUGCGUGAACUGGCCCAAGACCCGCAAAUGGUCGCCGCGGUACUGCAUGAAUGUUAUGGAGACGAGUACGUGGAUGGGGGGCUGCGUGAGCUGGAGUAG